AUGAAACGUCGCAAUUUCGAGACAAUUGUCGCGGAAAACGAUUCUGAGCCAAGAGAAAAAAAAGCGGAUAUUACACAAUCAAAUAAUCUUGAUUGGAGGGAAUGUUUGGAAAAAAUCGCUCAAAUGCGAUUAGAAGGUGAUGCACCAGUUGACACAAAAGGAUGUCAUAUGCUCGCUGAUAAAACUGCUGAUCCACAGGUUUUUCGAUUUCAAAUUUUACUUGCUCUGAUGUUGUCAAGCCAAACGAAGGAUGAAAUUACUGCUGCAGCUAUGCAUAGAUUGAAAGAUUACGGCUGCACAGUGGAGAAUAUAAGAAAAUUAUCUGGGUUGGAACUUCAAAAGCUGCUUAUUCCUGUUGGAUUUUAUAGAAGGAAAGCUGAAUAUAUCAAAAAAGUAGCUGAAAUUUUGGUGGAAAAAUAUGGUGGAGAUAUACCCAACACCGUUGAUGGUUUAUGUUCCUUACCGGGAGUCGGACCAAAAAUGGCAUAUUUAGCAAUGCAGUGCGCAUGGGAUAUCGAUGCAGGUAUUGGUGUGGAUACUCAUGUUCAUCGAAUUUCAAACCGAUUGGGAUUGGUUCGAACGAAAACACCUGAAAAUACACGCACGGACUUAGAGGAUCUCAUUCCUCAUUCUGAGUGGCGUAGAGUAAACAAAUUAUUUGUUGGUUUUGGUCAGCAGAUUUGCCUUCCUGUUUUGCCGAAAUGUUCCGAGUGUUUAUUAAAGGAUAAAUGUCCAACUAUUGGUGUCAAAAAGGCUCGUUAA